AUGUUUUCACCCAAGGCACUCUUUAGUGGAAAGGGCUAUCGAGGACCACCGAAACCACGAGGCUCAUUUCGCGACGGCAUAUGGCAUUGCGACUGCACUCCACCAUUGCCUGCCAUUCAUUUUCCGGUGAAGAAGGCAGGGCCAAAUAAAGGGCGCUGGUUUCGAACCUGUCAGAAAGAACAGAGCGACGAGACCCGUUGCAAGUUCUUCCUUUGGGACACAGAUGCUGCGCCGCGCGAAAACGCUGCCCUCAAAAGUAAUUCCCGCACUGAACCCGCCCGCGCAAAUGUGACAACACCUUCUCGAGAGAAGCCGCAGCCAGCUGUGGUGCCUCCUGCACCCGCCUUUGAUCCUCGCGCUUCUUCGAACUCUACACGGAAACGUACACGAGCCACUUAUCAGAGCGACGACGAUGACGAAUUUGAUCUGGGAGAGAAAAGCGCGAAUUUCUACGAUGAGCUGAAUGAUAUCGUGACGGCGGUGGAGACGCCGAGCAAGAAGCCACGAGUAGAGGACAGCUUUGUCACUCCAAAGCGACGCAAACUUCCCUGGCAGACAGAGGAUACUGUGAAAACCUACGGGCUUCAGACACCCCAGACAGAGAGUCGCACGCUCGCAAACCCCUUCAACACGAAAGCCACGCCGUCAAAAUCUCAGUCACCCGCUGUCGAAACUACCCAAACUCUGUCGCCUUCAUCUUCGCCCUUGGAAACCCCCACACCCAGUCGAUUCAAGAACGCUGUCACAGACUCGGAUAUAGUGCGCGACAUCUUCGGGGUUCUGCAUAUGGCCAACGUGAAGUUGGACGAACAAACCAAUAGCGAUCUGACUUCUUUACUAUCCAAACAUGUGACAGUAGCAGAAGGGAUUAAGAAGGGCCGCGACGUAGCGAGGGCAUCUGUCAAAGCUAAAGAUGCGAAGAUCACGGAGUUGACGUACCGCGUAAAUACCCUGGAGGCGGAAUUGGAAGCGGAACGAGCAUCAGUGGCCCAUUUGCAAUGGAUAGCAGAGCACGAACAGAGCUCUAGCUGAGCCCGAACUCUUUUGGGAAUUCCCCAUCUACUUGGGGUCAUAGCAGUCACACAGCUGCACCCCUCCCCAUGCGCUGGCAAUUCACCGGGAAUAGAAGAGGGACGGAUAUAUCGGCACUCGGCCGAUUGCUUCAAGAAUGAAGAAUGGAGCAUGGCAAUCAUGCAUGGGGACAUGGCUAUUGCCAUAAGAUGGAUAU